AUGUCCUCUGGUGAAUACUGUCCUGGCCGUGAGAAGAACGUCUCAUAUUUUUACUCGAGAACUGGAAAAAACAUCAGCGCAAACUGGAAGCCAACGGACUUUGUGGUGGUAGGACUUGGGGUCCCAGUAUGCAUCUUCAUCCUAUUGGCCAACUUGAUGGUAAUGUUGGCCAUCAUCAAGAACCGGCGCUUCCAUUUCCCUAUCUACUACCUGCUGGGUAACAUGGCAGCAGCCGACCUUUUCGCCGGAGUCUCUUACUUCAACCUCAUAUUUCACACGGGUCCGUGGACCAUCGGGCUGACCCAGAACCAGUGGCUGGUGCGAGGAGCGCUGAUCGAGAUGAGCUUAACGGCGUCUGUGUUAAAUCUGCUGGCCGUGGCCUUGGAGCGCCAUCAGAGCAUCUUCACCAUGCAGCUGCACAGCAACAUGUCCAACAGGCGUGUUCUCAUGCUGAUCGUGGCCAUCUGGGUUGUGGCAAUUAUCAUGGGCCUCGUCCCCACCAUGGGCUGGAACUGUGUGUGUGACCUGGAAUCGUGCUCCACCGUGGCGCCGCUCUACACUCGCAGCUUUCUGGUGUUCUGGGCCAUCCUUAACCUCAUUACUUUCUCCAUCAUGGUGGCUAUUUACACACGGAUUUUCAUCUACGUGCGCCGGAAAAGCCAGAAUAGGUUGCCGUAUGCAUUUCCUGUCAGAAAAAACGACACACUUGAUGGACUGAUGAAAACUGUCUCCAUGAUUCUAGGUGCUUUUGUGAUCUGCUGGACUCCGGGCCUGGUCAUCUUGCUGCUGGACGGACUCAGCUGUACAGGGUGCCAGGUGCUGAAAUACGAGAAGUACUGCCUGGUUCUGGCCGAGUGUAACUCGCUGAUGAACCCCAUCAUCUACUCGUGCCGUGACGAGGACAUGAGGAACACGUUUAAGCGCAUCCUGUGCUGGCUGUGCAGGCAGGAAGAGGAGCAGGACGGAGAGCCCGGCAACGUUCAGUCGGACACCCUGAAAACAGAGAGGCUGCUGUCAGAGAAAUUCUCAACAAAUUACAACCACACCGAGCGUAACCACACACUCUGA